GAGCUCUGGCUGGGGAGCGCUAGUUGCUCCAUCUUGAGUAGAUUAUAGCUUGUGAACCGUGCGUGUAUAUUGUUUGUGCGACCAAUUAUCCGAUGUUUAUAAUUUGAGGUGUAUAGAAUUAUUUCAAGAAAUGUCUUCGAAUAAUCAGAAGCUAUCGACCACACAACGCAUGAUACAAGCUGUUCCGUUUCCGCCAAGUCAUAAGUUAUCGGUGGCCGAAGUGUUCGAUCCGAAAAGUGCGAAACCGCGUCCGGACGUUUUGAAGCAACACUUCAUUCUCGAAGGACGGAUAGACGAAACGGCUGCGUUGCGCAUCAUCAAUGAAGGCGCCGCACUUUUACGCGCAGAAAAGACGAUGAUAGACAUCGAGGCGCCCGUCACCGUUUGUGGAGAUAUACACGGGCAAUUUUAUGAUCUCAUGAAAUUGUUUGAGGUGGGCGGCCCACCUGCAAACACAAAGUACCUUUUUCUCGGUGAUUACGUCGAUAGGGGAUAUUUUAGUAUAGAGUGCGUCCUCUACCUGUGGGCCCUGAAACUCUGCUACCCGACCACGUUGUUCUUACUACGAGGCAAUCACGAGUGUCGGCAUCUCACCGAGUAUUUCACCUUUAAACAAGAAUGUAAAAUAAAAUAUUCGGAGCGUGUCUACGAUGCCUGUAUGGAAGCCUUCGACUGUUUGCCUCUGGCGGCCCUGAUGAACCAGCAGUUUCUUUGCGUGCAUGGGGGCUUGUCGCCGGAAAUACACACAUUAGAUGAUAUUAGGAAGUUAGACAGAUUUAAAGAGCCUCCGGCCUUUGGUCCAAUGUGUGACCUCCUGUGGUCAGAUCCCUUAGAAGAAUUUGGUAAUGAAAAUAAUGCCGAACACUUUUCACAUAAUUCUGUCAGAGGCUGCUCAUACUUUUACAGUUACGCCGCUUGUUGUGAUUUUCUUCAGAACAAUAACCUAUUAUCCAUAAUUAGAGCACACGAAGCACAAGAUGCAGGAUACCGUAUGUACAGAAAAAGUCAAACAACAGGCUUCCCCUCCCUUAUAACAAUUUUUUCGGCGCCAAAUUACCUGGAUGUAUAUAAUAAUAAGGCCGCCGUACUUAAAUAUGAAAAUAAUGUGAUGAACAUUCGACAGUUCAACUGUUCUCCGCAUCCGUAUUGGUUGCCCAAUUUUAUGGACGUGUUUACGUGGUCGUUACCUUUCGUAGGUGAAAAAGUUACCGAAAUGUUAGUUAACGUGCUCAAUAUUUGCUCUGAUGACGAGCUAGUGUCAGACGGUGACGAAGGAUUGGAAGAAGUGAAACAGCCAAUAAUAGUUAAUAAAAGUAAGGCAGCAAAUCUACGGAAAGAAGUUAUACGAAACAAAAUACGAGCCAUUGGGAAGAUGGCGCGUGUAUUUUCUGUACUGAGAGAGGAAAGCGAAUCUGUGCUACAGCUUAAGGGACUUACUCCUACUGGUGCUUUGCCACUUGGUGCUCUAUCUGGCGGAAAGACCAGUCUUAAAAACGCUUUGCAAGGGUUCUCACCGAAUCACAAGAUCACGAGUUUUGCUGAGGCCAAGGGUUUGGAUGCGAUCAACGAGCGGAUGCCCCCGAGGAAGGACGCUCCACCGACUCCUGCAGAAGAGACGCCCCAGGACCACAAUCACACCCAAUCAAACGCGCAUUCGUGAGCUUAACUUUGCUAGUUUUCAUCGUCUUGCCCAACUACAGGUACUUUCAAGUUAUUGUUCAAUCAAUCGUCACCCUUUUCACAGUCCGAGUAGGUUUGUUUCUAAAUACGCGUAUCGCCAGUCAGUCAGUCACUAAGUCACUAAGUCAGUCAUUCGAUGGAUAUACGAACGAUACGGUUGUUGUUGGUUGGUUGGUUUACAUUUUGCAGAACAUCCCGGAAGUUUGUCUAAUAAACGGCUGCUGAGGAACUAUUUUUGUGAAUUAUUAUAUUUCGAUAUUUCUCAGUCGUGCUGACUACAACAAACAGACUGCAAGGUACAAAUGGACGAGAAUGUGUAAAAAAGCCACGUCAACCCUCUGUUUUGUGCCAUUUAUCUGUAACUGUCGGUGGAGUCACGUUAGAAUUAUUAUUAUUGCAUAUUUUUCUGUUUGUAUCUUGCAGUUGAUGAAUUAAUUAAUUAAUAUUAAUAAUAACUGCUGAGUUGCAGUGUUUCUAUAAUAAUAUGAUAUACCAUAAGCAAAAGUGAACUAUUUUUUGCUCUAUAGCUGGUAGAAGUUUUCUGAAUUUUAAACACAACUUACAAACUAAGGAAACAGUUAAUUAUAUUAAUAUUAUACGUGUAUUAUUGUCUGUUGUCGGUUAAUUAAUUAUCACACGUGUACAUACAUAUACAUACACAACGUAAAGUUUAAAACUACAUUCAAUCAUAAUAUUAAAACUUUCUUGCUUACAUCUACGCAGUUCUCUUUACAAAGAACUCAUCUUGACUUGAAACACCGUACUCUUGAAAAAACAUCAUAUAACACACCUUCUGUAGGUAAAAAUAAAACAGAUAGAUGCUGGGUACCAUUUCUACAUGUUAGGGCGCACUCUUGUGAUAAAAAAGAAGGUUAAAGUAAACAGUUUAGGAAACUGGCAACAGUUCUUGAUUUUAAAACAAAAUUAUUGAUAGUAGACAGCAAAAGAUAUACGAAAAUCAAUUUUUAACGAGUCUUUUGUGUUCUGCAUUUAAUGGAAUAUAUUAGUUGUCUCGGAUGCCUGGCAGAUGUGAAACAUCGAAAUUGAUUUUUAUUAAAGGAAGUGAAAAUGGAGCUAAGUAUUUUUAUAAUAAGAUAAUUCUUUCACUUUUUAAAUCACUCUAAUGUAGACAAGUAUGUCGGCAAGCGUGUAAUAUAGGGAACUAUAAUGUAGGCAAUAGGCGAAGACAGGGAAGUGCCGAUUCUUGGUGGUAGGGCGAAAGGAACCAAGAUGUCGCAAAACUGGUCGAGUGAAGCGUUCUUGUCCCUGUCACCCCACACAAGAAUCGGCCUUCUUUGCGCAAAGAUUUUUCGCUAGGGUGGAAAGAGCCGACGAGUCACGAAGCUAGCCGAAUGAAAUUUCGUAUCGUGCGUCGUCCCGUCUUGCUAGGCUAAAGUCGGUUUUACGCUGCAUGCGCGCUAAAAGAUGUUUCACAUCAAAUACCGGCACUAGUUGUAUGUACAGUGCAUGCACUUGUAUUUUCAUAAUGAAUUAAUGGAUUCCAUAAUAAUUGCAGGUGUGUUCAAGAGGGACGAUGUCAAGAGUUACGCCUGUGGAGGCAUUCACUAUUUUUACGUGCUACAUACAUUUCUAUUAGCUUCUAGCAACAUGUUUUCAUUAAUUAUAUUGUUGGGACGACAGGCUCGUUCGCAUUUUCUUUAUCAAGUAGCUGGUCUGCUUACCCUAGCGGUUCCCCUCUUGUAUACGUACACCUCUUUCUACACACUGUUGUACUAUUACAUAGAAUAAUAUUCUUUCUGUUCUUCCCUCACUCUAUCGUUUAUAAUUUCGUUUCUUCGGGCCUUUUCGAGAGUUUCAUAAGACGAAGACGUUUUACGUUACAUUCCACGUCCAUCGCAGGUUCCAACCUCAGACGAUUUAAAAUCCAUUUCAAACCGGAAGUUUACAUUUAAUACUACUCUAAAAAAUCGAUAUAGAAAGAGGGCAUUGAGAAAUGCUAUUUAUUAAAAUAUUCUUUUCACCCCCCGCUCCCUUACGCUAAGGAAAAAUGAAAAACUAUUUGGUGAUUGCUAUUUAUGAUUUCAAAAAGGGGUUUUACGUUUACUUUUGUAGGGUUCAGUUUUAUUGAUCUGUAUGUUGUGUGCUUCGCCCGGUUUGAAGUAGGCAACCCGUCCCAAAAGUGCUUGAAAAUAAGGUGAUAAAUGGAAAUGUUGAUCAGUUUCAUUCGACAGGGUGUAGGAGGAGGUUUGCGAUGCGAGACUGCGCGAAACGAGUGAUACAAGUGUGCCAUACUUACCUGUCGGUCACCACACACUUUAUACAUACGAGUUCAUACCACAUACAAACAUACAUACAUGCAUAUAUUGUUAACGUUCCUCAUUGGAUCAUUUCCUCUGUGUGUGUGUAUUUAAUUACUACUUACUUAAUUACUAUUAAAGAAAAAAAAAGAUGGAAGAAAGAUAUUAAUUACAUACAUAAAUAAUAAUUACCUAACCAUAAUGUUACGAACAUUGAAUAUAUUUAAUUGUAAUCCAUACAGUGAGCAAGGGAUUUUUAAAUGCAGCCGCAAAUCGUAUUUCCGCUAUCUCUAUCUCUCUCUUUUCUGCUUCUUCUCUUUCUCUCUUUCUUAACAAACGUCUGUUUGUACUUAACUUUGUAAUUUUACUACGGCGAUGAAGAUGUAGGAUUUUUUUAUUAAUCGAUUUUAUUAUUAAUUGUGGUCAUUUGUAAAACUAACUGCAACUAUUAAUUAUCAUUAUUAUUAUUAUUAUUAUUAUUAUUAUUACGUACACAUUUGCUACCUACCAGCUGUACUUAUCAUUCAGAGUCUUUUUUUUCUGUUGUUUUCGUUUUAAUUGUACAAAUUGUUUUAUACGUCGUUAAAUUACUGCUAUCCACACAAGUUUUAAAAAAAGGAAAAAUAAUAAAAUAAAUGCGAUUAUCUCUUA